UUUAAAGCAGAGCGUUUUGAAACUACUCUGGAAGGCGACCCUGUACACAGACAGGGUAUUCACACCGAGGUGACAAUGGCGGACUCGCAUCGCCCGAAGGUGUCGACACCCAGCUCGAUAAAAGCUGCCUAUGGUGUGGAGGGGAAGGCUCCACGCUUCACAACAUCCAAGAACCAGCAAUCUCCACGAAAUUCUACCCAGACCUCCGUCUUGCCACGAAUUGAUCGACCUCAAAGGCCUCGUGCUUCUUCGUCCAAGAGUGACGGUCUUUCGAUUCUGCUUCCUCGUCGACGACCACCCAGCAAAGACGCGAUACCCCAUGGAGAAACGUCACCGGCAUAUCACGGGGAAGAACUGGGGAGGCCCUCAACGAAAGCGGCAUGGUGCACACCGCGUCACCCAGCUUCUGAACUCCCAACGGGGUCCCACUUGGCGUCAUUCUUUGCAGCGCCAGAAGGAAACAGCGGAUAUGGCGACACUUCCGUGUCCAUAGCUACCCCAUUACGUCUUCAGUCUGUCGAGGACAGCAUCAACGCAAACGAAGAACGAUAUCGCGUUGACAUGGAGCAGCUGACGUCCAACAACGACAAGUUUCUCGAGAUCUCCAUGUCCGCCAACCAGCACCUGGAUCAAAUGUACAGCCAAUUGCCCAAUAUCUCGGACGCCUUCGACCAGACAGCGUCUGCAUUGCAAAGCCUGUCAUCGGACGUUGCUACGCUUCAUGAGCAGCACGAGAACGCUAAGAACGACAUGGAGAAUCGGUUCGAAGCUGCGAUGAAUAAUAACGCCGAAGAAAUGGUGUCGUUAUCCGAGGCACAUGCUACCGAGAAAGCGGAACUGGUUGCAGCGCGUGAGCGUGAGCAUGAGAUAGAAGACCAAGCUUUCCGCGAGAAGCUGGAGCAGCUGGAUGAAAAAUACGCUGAAAUGGAGAAGAAGUACCUUGAAGAGCUUCGGGAACUUCGGCAGUCGGCUGAGUCUAGAGUGAAGGCAUUUGAAGCAUCAAAUCGUGUGGAGAAGGAGGAUUGGGAGCGAUCAGCCAAGGCUGCGCUUGAGGAUCUUCAGACGAAAGCUCAGGCAGAGCUAGAUGAGCUCCACUUCAGCACUCAAGCGGCAUACACAGAGCUACUACAGCGUUCACAAGCAGAAUAUGCCGAGCUCCAGCAGACGUCAAGUGAUGAACUAUCUGCCGUGAAGAAGACUUUGACCGCCGAAAUAUUGUCGAUCAAGGAAAAUGCUGCAACUAAGCUUGCUGCAUUGGCGGACAGAUCAGAGAGACAGCUUCAGGAGCAUCGAGAACUAAGCAACGAAACCCUCGAAAAGCUUAAACACUUUUAUGCAAAGGAACGAGAGCAUUUACUCGAGAAGGCGGCAGAAGAAAUCACACGGCUUCGAAUGUUUGAGAUCGACCAAUCCACCCGAAUGGAAGACCGUCGGUGUCGAGAGACACAGGCAUUGCGCGACGAGCUUGAAACCACCAAGACAGAUCUCAAGACACAGAUAGAAGAUCUACACCGACGGUAUACAUCAGAGCUGGAGGUUUUGAAAGCUACUUCCAAAGCUGAGAAGCAUUUGCUGGUGCAAACGCAUGCUGAAGAGACUGAGAGUAACCGCUCUGCUGCUGCCCAGGAGCUCUCACAGACGAUAGCGUCCUACCAAGACAAAUUGAACUCGAUGGCUGAAGCUCAUGCUGCUGAAGUGGCAAGAAAUAAGGAAGAAGCAGCACAAGCUAGAGAAGCUUUGGUCGCCAAGUAUGAGUUUGAUCUGGAAACGCUGCAUAAUGAACGAGCACGAGAAAAAGACGCACUGGUUCUUCAUUAUGAGACUGAGUUGGAAUCUCUCAAGCAAGCCAGUAGAGAGGAGCAUGACAAAACUGUAAACCUUCAUGAAGCGCAGGUAAUGCAGCUACGAGAGGCUCACUCUUCGAGGGUCUUAGCGUUGGAGAUGGCCAUGCGAGAGCAGAACAAACAGGCAGAAGACACGACACGCGAGAAAGAUGCUGAGCUGGAAACCAGACAGGAACGUAUCGAUAUACUGAAAGCCAGGGAAGUUGCUCUAACAGAACGUUACGAGGUUCACGCUGAACAAUCUCUGGAGCUGGUCGAGCAGAAGAACAUGGCUCUCUCUGAGCUGGAGAGUGAAAUCUGGCGUCUCAAACAGUUGAAUAUGAAGAGAGAUAUGAUGCUAGACUCCACUAAUCGAGCUCUAAAAGCUGCGGAAGAGGGCCUCCAGGUCAAGGCAAAUACCAUCCUGGAGCUUACGUUUGUCAUCAAGAGCCGCGACGACGAGAUUGAAAAACUGCGGAAUGCUUUGCUGGACACGGUUCAAACCGUCAACACGAAGACUGAGAUACUGGAGCUGACGACGGAGACGCUGUCGUCCAAAGCAAAGGAGUUGGAGGCAACUAAGAACGCUCUUCGACUGGAGUCUGGUAAGCUGUCGAUGGUGGAGGAAUCCAUGAACCAGAAGGUGGGGAUGCUCGAAAACUCGGAGCUAAAGCUGGAAAGUAUGCGGCUCAACAUGGAGAAUGUGCGGCUGGAGAUCAAGCGGAUGCAGAUGGAUAUGAAGCUGCAAUUAGAGCAUACAGAGGGGGAGAUUGAGCUGAAAAAUGGAGAGAUCCGUCGACUGCAUGGAGCGCAGAGUGAGCUCAAACAGAAGAACGAUUUCUGUCAACAAACUAUCGAGAGACUGGAGGAAUCGCUCGCCUUUGCUCUGAGACAAGGAGAAGAAGCUCAACGCCGUAUCGAGCUGCUACGACUGGAGACUAAACAGGACGCAGAAGACACGAAGAAAGUGUGUGAUGAAUUGCUAGACAAAGAGCAGGAGUUGGUGAUCAUGACACGAGAUAAGCAGACGAUCACAGCAGAGAAGCAGCGGCUAGAGAUCCAAUUCAACAACCUCAGUCAAGCGAACAGGACGCUUCAAGAGAAAGUGGAGCUCCACACAAUGCAAGCGGAAGAAAUUCAGUGUCAGUACCAGAAGUUGUUGAAAGAAACAUUGGCUGAAAAUGACGAACGGAUGCGAUCAGAGAAGUACCUUCAUAUGCUCGAGUUGUCUGCAGCAAAGGACAUAAUUCGGCAUCUUGAAGGAGUCGAAGGGCGGCUGAGUGACACCACAUCAAGACUGGAGACAGUGAUGGAUGAAAAGCAGCAUCUUCAUGCAGAGAUCUGGACCCUCAACGAAACUCUGAAGAAGUACGAGGACACUGAUCGACAACUUGAUGCUGCUAACCAAGAAAUUAAAAUGAAAGACAAGCUCAUUCAAGGCAAAAUCCUAGAGCUGGAUGGUCUCAAUCAGCAGCUUUGCAAGACUAAAGACGAAGCGCAAUGUGUCUUGGAUGUAUCACGGAUGGAGGUUGAAGAUUGGAGGGGCGAUUUAUAUCGAGUUAUGUGCAGUAAAGACGAGAUGGUUCAACUGAAUGAAAGCCUUGAGUUGAGUCUCUCGAGCCUUCGCGUGGAGAAAGAGCAACUGAUGCUUUCACUUGGUCACGAGAAGAGGGAGAUCGUGAUUCGAGUUGAGGAACUUCAAGAACGAAUUGCUGGGUUGCGGAAAGAAGGCGCUCGAGCUGCCAGUGAGAUCAGUGGCCUGCAACAUGCUCUGAGUGAGAAGAAGAAAGAGUUAGAGUACUUGCAGGAGAAUUUAGGGGAGCAGACGACUGAUACGCGGAAGAUCAAAAAUGCUCUUGAUACGUUAAACAGCGCCUACAUUGAACUCCAGACGCAGUUUGCUGCUUUAAGUGAUCAACGACUAAAGGAGAAUGAAGAGAAUCGGAUCAAAGUUGAGUUAUUGCGACAGGAUCUCGAGAACAAGAUGAAACAGUGUGAAACAUUGCAGCAGUCUCUCAACAUCCAGCGCCAGGAGAUCGAUCUUCUAAUGGUACAGCACGACAAAGACGUCAUGCAGUUGACGGAUGGACAUCACAGUGAAGCUGUGCAGCUGAUCGAGAGCCAUCGAGCUCAAGCCGCUCAGAUGACUGAAGAUCAUCACGCUCAAGUUAACAAACUGAAAGAAGAGAGUCAAAAUGAAGUCACCCGAUUGACUAAUCACAUCUCGAACCUGCUAGCUGAACACCAAAGCGAAGUUUCUCGUCUCUCGGGAGAUGGUCAAAGGGAAAUUGAGCGACUCAAGGAUGCUCAUCAGGUAGUAAUUGAUCGAUUGGAGGAUGAUCUUCGCCACCAAGUUUCAGAGCUCACAGUAGACCGCCUCAGUUUAAUUACCGAGCAAACUGAAGGGCAUCGCACCGAAGUUGAUCGACUCACAAAAGAUCACUUAAAGGAAGUGGAGAAGUUGACCGAGGCCCACCGAGUCGAAGUUGCCCAGAUAACCGCAAAUCAUGAGGCUCAAGUUGAGCGUUUGACUGAAACGAAUUGCGGUGAAAUUGCGCGAAUGCAUGAGGAUCACGGCGUUGAAAUCGCUCGACUGGAGGAAAUGCGUGGCAAUGAUGUUGGUCUAUUAGCAGAGGCGCAUCGAGAGCAUCGUCAGAUUUCGUUACUGCCGGAGAAAGACCAUCGAUUGGAGAGCAAUCACAAUGUGGACGAGUGCACUUCUCAUCCUCGCGUUGAAAAGGAAAACCAGGAGCUACUGAUUCUGUUAAACGACGCGGCAGACGAAAUGACACGCGCUGUCUGUGCGAACGUACUAGAGCUGAUGACACUUCACGUGGCACAUCAUCACGAAAUUGAAUUAUUGGAGCAACAUGCAACAAGACCCGAGCAAGGCCUGAACAAGCAGCUGACUGAAUCCUCUCACCCACCGACGCAGGCGGACCACAGCAAGAUGGAUGACAUACUGGAGCAGAUGCGCUUGCGCCUCACCGAAGCCCAUUUGGCGAAAGCUAACGAGUUGCUAGAGCGAUCUCGGCUUGAAGAGGAAGAGCACGCAGCGUCCCUAGCUACGAUUCGGGAAGAGUUGAGUGAGACGUCUAAGUCUUUCAAACAUGCUGAGGGUGUUAUAACAGCACUAAAGGCGGAGAUAAGCGAACUACAGACACAAUUGCAGACUUCAAAACGUGAUGAGUCUGAGCGAACAACAACCAAUGUCUGUAACAAUCGGUCGGACUCGGGUGCGGGUGGAGAAGAUUGGCAAGGAAAUGCGGAUUUUGCUGAACGCUGUAAGAAUGCGCUUGAAUUACAAGACGACGAUGGCACCGUGAUGCUUGAUGAUAUCGUGGACUCUAUAGAGCAGCUCAUGAAAAUCUUGCAGCACUUCCAGCUGCUACAGCCAAAACUCGGUAGUCCUCGUCGUCAGCCUACUGCAACAGACCCACCAUCAACACUUAAAAACAAGGUGAUAGCAGUACUCUCUUUUGUGGAAGAACUACAACUCAUGGCAGACUUUGCACAAAACAUUUUGAGUGAUGAGAGCAAGAACGGAGGAGACCCGGCAAGUAACGAAAGCAGCAGAGCGAGUCUCGAAGCCCUGCGAGUUCAGACGCGAACGCCGUCGCAUGCUCCCACGUUUGACGAGCUUCAAAUUGAUGUUGACACCCUAGUUGACGACGCGAUGCAAGAAUUUGAUCAAAAUCUCUGUGAACUUUCAAACGAAGAGGAAGACAGGCCGCAGGAUCCACUUUCAUUUUUUGUCUCACAUGACGAGAAAUCUUCGCCACCGUCUCCGUUCUUAGCAGACCCCCUUAUGGAUAUUUCACUCGUAAUGAGCGACUAUCAUCGUCUUUUGUCGCAAACUUCUCGUUGGGUGGCCAAGUCAAGGCAAAAUGAGCCUCAAAGUCGUGCAUUUAGUGUGGGAAGUGAGAUCAGUCGUCUCGUACGGGAGCACUGCGCUCUGUUAUCGUUAUCUCGUCGACUGUUUAAACUGAAUGAUCCACGACAAGAACUAGUUUCUCUUCUGGAAGGUGUGGCUCUUCUCCAAAGGAUGACAGGGAGACUGGCACUCUUUCAGACAAACUCAACUGGAGAUUCAGACGAAUUGAACUCCUUCCAGAAUUUGAAGCAUUCCGAAUCGGCCACAUCGCUGAGUAAUCGCGAAAUUGACUCGAUUGAAUCCCGUUCGCAUCCUGUGCUUGCGUCGAUUGGAGAUAUGGCGCAGCAUCUUCAAGAUUACGACUAUUUUCUGCAGCAGAUCACACUGGACGAAGUUCGAGAGAACCAGGAAAGAAAUUCACCAGCAUCGAUUAACAUCGAAAAGCUUGUGCAGGAGAUCAAUGAACGGGUGAUGAUUGUGGAGCAGACUAAAGAGCUGCUGGGAUUCCAAAAACCAGUUGAGGAACUGCCGACUUUCCUGGUAGGCGCACGAGAAGUUCUUCGACAGACAAAACAGAUACGCGAGUCGUCUGUUUGCUUCAAGCGAAGCUCACUAAAAUCUGAUAGUGAAGUACCGGAGAUAAAUGCAAGUGAUGAAGUCGCACAGACUGAUAGUGGUAUCGACGCUGCGUUGAGCGAGAUGGAUGCAAUUAUUGAAGACUUACGGAGCUACAAUUCUAUGCUCGAAUGGCUGAAACAAGUGCUUCCACAACCAGAGUCAGUGAAAUCUAUCGCCGAUCUAAAGGACUGCAUGAAAGACGACUUAACAAAAAUCGAUGCUCUGACCGUCGACAAAUCUCACUUGAUGCAAGACAAAGAAACUCUGAAAAGUGCGUUGGAGCAGGUGGAGGAAACUCGAGAUCAUCUCAUGAAAGAAGCGUCGCAAGAAAGCAAAUUGCUGCAAGAACUCGCAGCUUUCGAGGCUCAAGCUUUGCUCUCUCCUGUGGAAGUUGUGUCAACACGGAUUGAACUCGUACAAGCGCUUAUCAAACAGCAGCAACGUGCUUGCGACGACGCCCAGCAAAGGAGAGCAGACAUGAAAAGCGAAGUAGUGUUCUUACGUCAGCACAAUCUUCUCUCCGACGAGGACGAUACCGAUAAGGAAAUCUCCCUGUCGUUGAGUGCACGUGUUGAAAUCUAUAGUCGGUUGCUGCAAGCAGCAGAUCGCUCGCGAUCAGAGAAGACCGAAGUGGAGGCUUCGUUAAAGACCGAGAAGAAUGAACUGGAAUCCUCGCUGAAUCUAGAAAUCCAACGGAAAACUGAAAAACUCGAAAGCGUUAAGAGUGAAUUAGCACAAACCAGACACGAAAUGGACAAGGCGUCAGCUGAGGAACGAGCAUUCUUGGAAUCCAAAGAGGUCUUUUCCUCAAUUCUAAACGUUGGAGAUGGAGCCUUUUGUCGGAUUGAAGUUUACCAGCAGCUUCAUGACAAAAUGUCGCUCUUACUUGAUGACAAGCGAACGGCUGAGAGUUGUGCGGCACGAGAGCUCGAUUUUUUGCGAGCUAACAAGCUAUUCCCUCCAAGUCUCGAAGCUGUCAGUGAUGCCUCCAUGCCAACUAUUCCAGAGCUUUCUGCAGUUCGGCUGGAACUGUUCCAACGUCUAGUUCAAACGCUUGCACAACUUCACCAACACGAAGAGGAUCUAACUCAAGAGAACGAAUUCUUACAGGAAAACAAGUUCGGUUUCGACCUCCAAGAGCCUCAUAAAUCGCGGCUUGCUGUCUACCAGACACUUCUCGCAGGGCAAAACACUCUGAUAGAAGAAAAAAUGGAGCGUGAGGUGGCACUCGAGAGCGAGAAAGCGUUUCUUGCUUCCCAUGGAGUACCCAGCUUUGAGAAUCCCAUGGAGAUAUAUGAGGAAUACAUCAAAGCACGGAAACAGCUCGCUGAUCUGAGUACCGAACUGAAGGAAGAACUGCGAUUUCUAGCUGAAAACCAACUUCACUGCAGUGGUGAAUUGACUGAUGACACUGCAAACCUCACCACUCCAUUCGCUUCGUCGUUCAGACUGAUGAUCUAUCAAAAGUUCUUGCAAAAUGAAUCACAAGUUCGCGAAUCGACUCAGCAGAUGAAAGAAAACAUGGAGCAGCAAUUAUAUCAGCAAAUCACGGAUGACGAGUGUAAAAUUGCCUCCCUAACAGCGAGAAUUGAGCGGUUGGAAGCGUCCUCGAUGUGGUGGCAGGAAUCCGCCUAUGCUUCCCAACAAGAAUGGGAUCACAUGUUGCUAGAAGAAGAGGAGAAGCGGCGAAGUUUAAUCCGAUACCACGAAGAUGUUAUGAAUCAGACUGCAGAAGAUUAUGCUCGUGUCUUGAAAGAGAUCUCGAAAGCUCGUGACGAUGCGCUUGCACUGGCAACAGCUACCCACGCAGAAGCGCUGGAAGAAGUGACCAAGCUGCACGAAAAACGAUUAGCCGAUGAACUCCACAAACAGGCUCAACAACUAGAGUUCGCAACGUAUGCGCAUGCCGAGAAUGAAGUUCGUAAACAGACGACAAAUACGUCGGAUUCGUCUGCUUCUCCAUCGAUUACAGCUGCACAGACCAGAGCGCAAUUGCUCGAGAAAUUUGCGAAGCGAGAUACGACAGCGAUCAAUAUCGUUUACAAGGCCAUUCGGUUGUCGACCGACAUCCUCAGCGCACCAGGGAACAGGUUCGAAGUAUCGACAGACGUCACUCAGUCAGUAUUAGCUUGUGUCAAGGAGCUGAAGGCGUUGAAAGAGUUCUUGGUGCAGUCGUUAGAGCAGAUCACGAUGGACGAUGACCACGCUCCACCUCCUUUCACUAACGCGCCGUAUGCCAAAUGGAUGGCCGAUGCAGUCACACGAGCCACAGCCGACAAGGAAUGCGCCAUCGAUCUGGCACUCUGUUUCCAUCGGGAGUUCAUGAGUUUCGCUGAGAUUCAGUUGCUCACUCGACAGGAGCAAGUGGAGAAGGCGCUUACACGAGUGUAUGACAAACUGAAGACUGCAGCGGUCAACGGAGGCUUCACUCCCGAUCAAGAGAAACUGUUGGCGCUCGAGUUGGAAGCCACGCGUGAACGAGAAGCCCGAGAAAAUAUGGCGUGUAAGUUCCGGCUGAAUGAGGAAUACUACCGGAAGCUGCUUGAGGAACGCAAAGAAGUGGAGAUUGCACAGGCCGCCACUGUGGAGAGUCUUCAAGAAGAACGCAAGACUUUGAGACUAAAACUUGAGAAGCUGGAGCAGCAGAUCCAGCAGCAGAGUGUGCUUCCCCAAUUCCGACCGCCAUCAAGCAAGUUGUACACUCCCUCCCCACGUUCCACACUCGUGUCGCCUCAAACGCCUCGCGUCUUGAAAACUGCAACGAUACCCAGUGCCCCGAUGCCCAUGCGACCAGAACGACCCAGAGGAGGAGGAAACGCUCACAAAGAACGCUUUGUGAAUGAUCUCGAGCGAGAAACAGGACAGCGACACUCGACUGCCGCUCGUCGAAUCAACGAAUGGAGAGCUCGUGAUGAGGCAAUUGCCGAGACCUCUGGAGAACUUGAACAAGACGUCCGAGCUACGCACGAAACAGUGAUUGAAUCAGUUAUCCAGGCUCCUGCAACGGCACCAGGUUCCUCCCUGCACAAUCAGGAGCUGUGGUACCAGGGAGUUCGGUCGAUCCAUUACGUUUCCUUCUUCAUUUCCAUCUUCCUUGUCCCUAGACAGCAGCUCUUCCGAGUCGAAGUGUUCAACAGCGACACGGAGCAACAGCAGCAGACUGUGUAUGUUACUUGGACCGAGAUGCAGACGUUCCUCCAGGAUAGCAGGAAGGCGAUUCGCCUAGGAAUUGUUUUACCUCUGGACCCUGAAAUGGCAUCAACAAUCCCUCCAAAUGUCCGUGCAGAGAUCAUUGACGUCCUCUUCGAGCGUGUGCGAGUCUAUGGAGAAGGCACGGAAAACAUUCUACUUGGCUUCGAGUAAUUGGGACACAAUAGCAUAAACGUAAUAGAUGAUUCCAGUCUCAAAUGGCAGUAGAUGCUGAUUCAUGCCGCUCUCGUGGACUGCGUCGCUUUCUCCACCAUUG